AUGUCAGGCUCAGCGAUAUACGCUUUCAACUUAAAUGGCCGAGCAUAUCCGCUGUCCAAGGAGGAGCAAGCAUGCGCCAAUACAACACUCAAGAUCUCCAAGACGGUGACUACCAAGGUUCCCCACGAUGCCACUCCGGAACUGACUGAUGCCGGUGACGAGUCUCAAGAGUACACGCGGCUGCUGUGUAUCGGCAUCAAGCCACCCAACUCGGCCGCUGAAACUUCUCGGAAGUCACAGUCGGCAUCGAUCACCGAGAUUCUCAACAACGACACUAUGCUUCUGGAUGCUAGAGUGGACCACAGCAGCAGGACCCUCCGUGUAGCUCGACACUACAAGCACUCGGGAAAGAUGUUUUGCAUCGCCAGCCAUGAUGGCAAGCUGAUUGCAUACCCGAUGAAGGAGGAGGAAGCCUUUGUGUUCAAGCAAUUCAGAGAUGACGAGAUCAAACCAAAGGCUACUCGCAAGACAACAUGGGCGGCUAUUCAGAGAGCUGCUCACGAAGCCAAGAUUGGCGGAAUGACUCUGCAACCGAUGACGAACAAUACAGAACUGUUGUCUUCGACUCAACUGCUCUACGAUAUUCUUACUGCCCGCGCACUGUUGGAGCAGGCUGACGAGGAGCAUUUCCACAAGGCACUGGCCAUCAUAAAACACAACUGCUCAAAGAUCUUAGCAGAAGUGUUGGAUGGACAGAAGGGUAACCCCCAGGAUGUGGCGUCUCGAAAUCAGAUGAUCGAUGUGCUGCAACGCUUCAGGGCCCUUGAGCUUGGUUUACAGCUGCGAAUUGAUACCAUCGACAAGGUUUUCGAAAGACAGACAUUCAAGCAGUUGGAUAGGGAGCCAAUUGCGGCUACACAGAAACGUCAAAUGGAAUCCUACUGCUUUGAUGUUUCCGCUGAGGCAAAGGCGAGGAUGUCCAAAAGUCAACUCCUUUCGAUAUAA